AUUUUUUAGAAACAAAAUAACAUAAUAAAAGAAAAUUACAUCAUACAAACAUACCCUUUUUUUUUUUUUUUGAGGGGUCGAAGAUUGGAAUCUGGACCAAACAUUGAUACUCUGGUCAUCCGAUUCACCAUUUUGUUUUGCUUCUUUCUCUUGUUGAUCUGUUUUCAGAUCUGAAUACCUUGGAAACUCUCAUACUCAUACUCAGCCUACAGUCUUUUUUAACAUCAUAGGUAUUUUUAUGGAUAUUGUGAGAAAUGUUUGCCCAUUUAUUAUUUCCUUUUAAGGCCCUUUCAUUGCUUCCUUCUAAUACUACUCUUUCUUAUUCAAAACCCUUAAAUCUCUCUUCCUCUUCCUCUUCCUCUCGUUCUUAUCUAACAAAUACUACCCUUUCUUUGUUUCUUUGUUUCGUUUUGCUUUUGUUCCUUUUCACGACUCGCCAAGUCUCUCUGUACAUAGAACAAACCAAAGAACUCCAUUAAUGGCUGCAAAUAAAUUUGCAACCAUGUUGCAUAAUAAUACAAACAGGGUCACUCUUGUUCUUGCAUAUGCAUUGCUGGAAUGGGUUCUCAUCCUUCUUCUCCUUCUCAAUUCUCUCUUUUCUUAUCUGAUCAUCAAAUUUGCUGAUUACUUCGGUCUUCAAAGGCCUUGCCUUUGGUGUACUAGGCUUGAUCAUAUCUUUGACCCAUCCAAGUACAACAAUUCUUAUAGGGAUCUUGUUUGCGAUGGUCAUGCCAACGAGAUUUCUAGACUGGGUUAUUGUUCAUCCCAUCGGAAACUAGCCGAGUCUCGAGAUAUGUGUGAGGAUUGCUUGUCCUCAUCACGGUCGGAUUGUUGUGACUUGUCAAAGAAGUUAGCUUUUUUCCCAUGGAUGAAGCAGGUCGGUUUGAUUCAAGAUGGUGGCGAUAAAGUGAUGGAAAAUAGUGAAGUGAAUUCCAAGUGUUCUUGUUGCGGUGUCAUGUUGGAGAAAAAGUUGAACUUUCCUUAUCUCUUGAUUAAGCCUUCUUGGGAGGUUUUGGAUUAUCCCCACAAAGGUAAUUUAAUUACUGAAGAUGGAGGAUUUGAUAAUGUUGAAGAUGAAGGCAAUGCUUCAGAUGGAGCCAAAUCAGAUGUUUUGGCUGAUUUUCAGGAAGAUAAACAAAGGGUUGAAGAAAACAAUAGAGUUGAGAUCUUAUCUCAUGGUGAUGAGGAUGAGGAUGGGGGUGAGGGUGAGGGUGUUGGAGGAGAACUGGGAAAAGAGGAGUUUUCAUGUUUUAUUUCUAGUUUUGAUUGCAAUCAAAUGGCUACCAAUGAAGAUGAUGUGAUCUUAGAGAAAGAUCUGGUAUCAAUGGAAGAAGAAAAAGAAGGAAACUUAAAUGUGUUAAUGGAUGGCCCUGAGUUGACUCAAGUCGCUUGUAGCAAAGAGGAGUCUCUUGAAAUUCAACCUAAGCAUCUGGAGUUCUACAUCGAAGGGGAUGGUUGCCAUUUGAUUCCAAUUGAAUUGAUGGCUUCUGUUGGCGUGGAAAGCCAAAGAAUAUACAAUUUUAGAGAGGAAGAUGAAGGUAUUGCUGGUAAUGGAGAUGUUAUUUUGGACUUUGAUAUGCAUUGUGGAACACCAUUGGAACUGGUAGUGGAGAAUAGUUGCAGUUCAGGAGAGAAAGUGGCAUUGAUUUCACCCCAUGAGAGUGAGGAUGAAACCAGUGUUACAGUGGUUGAAUCAAUUGAGUCUAAGGAGAUGAAGGAGAGCUUUUCAACGCAUGCAAGAGAGGAAGAUGAGCAAGUUCCUUUGAAUGAAGCUGAUGAAGUUCAAGGAAAUGCAGCAACAGGAGAAGGGGAAAUGAGUGUAGAUGUUAAUCAAGUUUCUGAUGAGCAAAAUGAUGAAAUUGAAGCAGAGGUCUCAAUAGGGACAGAUAUCCCUGAUCAUGAACCAAUUGAAGAUAUUCAACUGCAACAUUUGUUUGAUGAAUUCACACAUGAAAAUCCCUCCACCACUGCUCAAUUGCAUGUAGAUGCUGAUAAUGGCUCCAAGAAUACUGAGGAAGAAACAAUACAGUUUAAAACUAUGACAGUUGAGACAUGUGACCAAGCAAUAAAAAUCCAUUUAUCAGUACAUUCAGAGUCUAAUGAGAUUGAGGAUGAUAAAGUUCUUGAUACACCAACCUCUCUGGAUGGUAUCCACCAGUUGCACAAGAAGUUGCUAUUGCUCGAAAAAAGAGAACCGGGAACGGAAGAUUCAUUGGAUGGAAGUGUUUUUAGUGACAUUGAGUGUGGUGAUGGACUACUGACUGUUGAGAAGUUGAAAUCAGCAUUAAAAGCUGAAAGGAAGGCUUUAAAUGAUUUGUGUACCGAACUCGAGGAAGAGAGGAGUGCUUCUGCUGUAGCAGCACACCAGACGAUGGCAAUGAUAAAUAGGCUUCAAGAAGAAAAGGCGGCAAUGCAGAUGGAAGCCUUGCAGUAUCAGAGGAUGAUGGAAGAACAAUCUGAGUAUGACCAGGAAGCUUUGCAGCUUCUUAAUGAGCUUAUGGUCAAGAGGGAGAAAGAGAAGGCGGAGCUCGAGAAAGAGCUUGAGAUAUAUCGCAGGAGGGUGCAGGACUAUGAGACCAGAGAGAAAAUGAUAAUGCUGAGAAGAAGGAAAGAUGAUGGCACUAGGAGUGCUACUUCCGGUACUUGCAGCAAUGCUGAGGACAGUGACAGUCCAUCAGUUGAUUUGAAUCAGGAACCAAAGGAAGAAGACAACUUUGGGAACCAUCAAGAGGACAGCAGACAGAAUACCCCUGCUGAUGCAGUUCUCUAUUUGGAGGAGUCGUUGGCUAGCUUUGAGGAAGAGAGGCUAUCGAUUCUAGAGCAGCUCAAAAUAUUGGAAGAGAAAAUGGUUUCAUUGAAUGAUGAGGAGUUACAUUUUGAGGAUGUAAAAUCAAUUGAAUUAUUGUAUGAAGAGAAUGGCAAUGGCUUCUAUGGAAGUUCUGAUUUCACCUAUGAAACAAAUGGGGUUACCAAUGGUCAUUUCGAGGGAGCAAAUGGGAAACAUCAUCAGGAGAAAAAGCUGAUGGCUGCAAAUGCAAAGAGACUUCUCCCACUUUUUGAUGCUGCUGAUGCAGAAAUCGAGGAUGGGAUACUGAAUGGACGUGGAAAUGGAUUUGAUUCUGUUGUCUUGCAACAGAAUUCACCCGCCAACUCCGAACUAGAGAGCAAAAAGCUGGCUAUUGAGGAAGAAGUGGAUCAUGUUUAUGAGAGACUACAAGCACUUGAGGCAGAUAGGGAGUUCCUAAAGCAUUGUAUUAGCUCCUUGAGGAAAGGAGAUAAAGGAAUCUGUCUUCUUCAAGAAAUUUUACAACAUCUUCGUGAUUUACGGAGUGUGGAUCUCCGAGUAAGGAAUAUCGGAGACACCGUUAUAUAGUUGCAUACAGCAUAAUACAUACACUUGGAAGGCUAAUCGGUAAAUCUUAAAUCUGCUGCUCUUUGUAUGCAUAUCAUAGAGUUAUGGUUUUCUUGUUACUUGUACCUUUUAACUGUAAUGGUACUUCAUUAUUUGAUUUUAUGCUUGAUUAUUGUAGAAUACUCAAUUGGAGUAGCUUAACCACUGCACAUUUAGGACUAGAAAACAGAAAUACCAACUUCGGUGCCAGUCAACGAUACAGAUGCCAAUACAAUUCCACAUUUCCAACAAUCUUCAACAGGAAUGCCCUUAAAAGGACAGGGAAGCUCCUGCUGUGGUCUGUUUAAUGAACUUGGUUCUCAGUGUCCCAAGUAAUCCCAACAUUUUUGUGGGGUUUCAGCUCUUCAUCACCUUUUUGAGCAAAAGGAAGAUGGUGAGCGUAUGUGUGUGUGAAAGCUUAGUGAGGUGAAAGCCGAGCUGUCAUUUUGCAUGUUGUGAGAAAAAGGGUAUGGCCUGAAGAGCUGGAGUGAUCCAACAAAGAUUCCUCUGCCAGAUGCAUAACAUUAGUUUAUUCAGACAAUUAGAACUAGGAAGCCCUUUUUUUUUUUUUUGUCAUAAUCAAUGGAAAGAAAGGGUAAAUAACCCUAUUUUCCUUCUGGUCUUUUGCAUCAUAUUAUCACCUGGUUUGGGUCUACUUUUUAUUUAGGAGGGCAAAGUUGAGUUACAUGUAUACUACAUGCAUCCAUCUGUAAGUAUAUAAAGUGAGUGUUUUGUAUUGUUGUUUAUACUGUUUUAAGAGCUGUGCUUUACUUUGUUGUAUAUACACGUUCUUUGCUCUAAAGUCUUUUAAAAAAGUAUAAAAUAA